AUGCCUCCGCGCAAGAGCGACGCGAGCCGACGAAGCGACGUAUCCAACGCACGCUUCAUCGUCAUGGACGAAGACCCAGCCCCCGCAGCCACACCGGCCACUGCGGCUAGCACCAGCAGCAAUGGUGCGGCGGGCACACCAUCCGCGGCCCCCAGGACAAAGGCCUCGGUCUCGGUCUCGGCCUCCGCGACGCCGUCCAGCGUACCUCCCGCCGCCGCUGCGUCGACUCCUGACUCCGCCACGGGAGUGAGGCCGACGUCGUCGACGCCGCUGACUACCACGACGGUGCUGCAUGCGGGCUCGGAGAAGAAGGAAAGCCAGACGCAUGACAAGAUGGCCAAGGCCGAUAGGGAUGCUCUCACCAUUGAGGACCUGAGCUUGCCCAAGUCUAUCAUCACGAGGCUGGCAAAGGGUGUGCUCCCGCCCAACACGCAGAUCCAGGCCAAUGCCGUUCUGGCCAUGAGCAAGAGCGCAACCGUUUUCAUCAACUAUCUCGCUUCGCACGCCAAUGAAAUCACUGUCAAUGCGAACAAGAAGACCGUCAGUGCCGAGGACGUUUUCAAGGCGCUUGACGACAUUGAGUUUGGGUUUCUGCGUGAGCCCCUAGAGCAAGAGUUUGCCAAAUAUAACCAAAUCCAAUCCGCAAAGCGCACCAGCUAUCGCCAAAAGGUUGCUGCCAAGAAGGGUGGGAGCGCGGCAGCAGGUGUCGCAGUAGGGGCAGCGGCCGGGGCAGCGGCUGCAGAUGCUUCCCUCCUCUCAAACGCUGACGACAGCGCCAUGACGACAGCAUCCUCCGACACAGCCCCGCGAGCAAAGAAGGCCCGUGUAGACGACUCUGCCAUGACCGUUGGCGAGGAUGUCGACGACGGCGAGACUGAGCCCGAAGAAGAAGCCGAGGAGGAGGAAGACAACGACAACGAAGAGGAAGAGGCCGACGAGGAAGAAGACGACGAGGAAGACGACGAUGAGGAAGGGGAGGGAAGUGGUGAUGAAACGCAAGACGCUCUGGAGGAGAAGGGUGAGGGCAGCGACGUCGACGAGGCGCUUGACGGAGAUGAGAGCGACUAG